AUGACGUCACGACACGAGACAAAAGACAAAGAUAAAUCCAUAAUCGAUGUUUUACGACUGGCAGUUGGGACAUUUUGCUGGUAUGCAAGCAUAUGGCAAUUCCAUCGAUUGAUGCAAUGGACCUCUCGCUGUGACCUCAGUAUUCGUUACUCUCGGACGAUGUGCAAGGAAAAAGGCGGUGUUUGGAUUCCAGGUUUUGAUAUUUCUGGACACUGCUUUCUGUUGAUAUACAGCAUGUUGGUGAUGGCAGAAGAGGUUAGUAGAAUUAUCAAGCGUUCACCUAAAAAAAAACAUCUAGCUCAGAUAUGA